AUUACUCGUUUUAAAACAAUGUUUUUGGAAAACUACAUUGAAAACGUGUUUUCACCCAUAUAAUCGCGUGUAAAUACGCGGACUAUGUUUUUUCAUUCGGUCCCACAAAUGAAUUCGGCAGAUCGAUAUCUCCUGUCAGAUAUUCCUUCGUCCCUAACAGCCGAACGCAUCUCUUGUCAUUGUGUGAAUACGUAUUCGAGUCUGGACUCCCCUAAUUUGUGCUCUGUCAACGACCGCGUCAAAGAGAGUCCUGUCGAUGAUACAACGUACAGACAGAAGACAAAACUGGAAAGCAGUAUAGCGAUCCACGAAGAAGAGACCGACCCUUGCAUCUCUUCUGUUGGGAGGUAUCGAACAAAGAGUGUACACAUACUUGGUCACGUGAUUGAAUCGCAUUACUUUUAUUACGUUUAAUAUACAGGUUC